UUUUUUUUAUUGACGCCCGUGCAUUUAUGACGAGGCUGGUGCACGUGCUGCCGGGGUCAAUUACGUGGUGACGUCACUGUACGUGCGCGAGCCCGCGCUGCAUGCGGCUGAGGAUAGCCAGCGAAUCCGUUGCAGUUGCAAGCUGUGCUCACGAGUCAUAUUUACACUCAGGGGGAUUAUGGGCCUAAGAUGUCUAGUGAAAGAGAGACCGCAAAGUAAGACACCACAAGACAGCCAAACAGUGGGGGAGAGGGAGAAAAAAAAAGACGGCAGUGGAGCAUGGAAAGGGGCCCAAAGCGCAGUGCCCAGGACGGGGUCGGAGGUGGUCUCUCAACGAGGUCUCUUUCUCGCUAGGCCCGGCGGGCCGAGCCUCACCCGGUGAAGUCCGUCUCGGGGCCCCGCUCGGCAGCCAUGCGCUGGGCCGAGCCUCCUGCGCGAGGUUCGGCUCUCUGGGCCCUCCUGCUGCUGCUCUCGGGGGCGACGGCGGAGCAGCUGAACGCCAGCGGCCAGCACGGCGGCGGAUCCCAGUGCGGCGACUACACCAACCAGCCGACGGAGGACGGCAUGUGCCGGCUGGCGGCCACUCUGCCGCAGCUGGACGGGCAGCGCUGCCCCGACAUGUUCCGCUGCACGGACGAGGUCUCCUAUUGGCUGCGCCAGAACGAGGAGCGUAAGCAGCAGGUGGCUGAGCUGAAGGAGACCGUCCGCCAGCUGCACGAGGAGCUGCGCGACCACCGCCAUCGCAUCAGGCACUUUGAGCUGCUACAGCACGACGACGGGAGCCAUUCCAACGCCACCCAGGAGCGACGUUUCCACCAGAUGGAGGUGCACUACGCCGAGGCCACCAGCCUGCUGCACCUCCAGGGAACGCUUAUCCUCAACCUGCAGAACCAAGUUCACAACCUCAGCCGAUUAGUGGAGCAGGCCAAGAAGAGCCCCGGAUGCUUGAUCAACUCAGUCCGGCCCAAUCCUCUCAUGAAUAGCCGCCAGUGGGCUUUACAUCCGGACAUCCAGCACAUGAGGAACUGUCCCAUCGACUGCGCCUCCAUCUACUACAACGGAGUGACGAGGUCGGGUGUCUACACCGUGGUGCCCUCACUUGCAGCCCUGCCUGUGGAGGUCUACUGCGACAUGGACACUGACGGCGGCGGUUGGACAGUCAUCCAGAGGCGGGUGGACGGCUCCGUCAGCUUUGACCGCGGCUGGCGCGAAUACCGGGCCGGUUUCGGCGACCUGCGCUCCGAGUUCUGGCUGGGCAACGACCACAUCCACGAGCUGAGCGGCCACGGGGACUACAGCUUGCGAAUCGAUCUAGAGGACUGGAGCAACAAGCACAAACACGCCCUCUAUCAACACUUCAGCGUAGAAGAUGAGGAGCACCGUUACCGUCUGCACGUGUCGGGCUUCGGCGGCAGCGCGCGCGACUCUUUCGGCUGGUACCACGACAAGCGCGGCUUCAGCACGCCCGACAGCGGCGACAUCUGCGCCGAGAUCUCCCACGGCGGAUGGUGGUACAGCCAGUGCUUCUACGCCAACCUCAAUGGCGUCUACUACAGGGGAGGCCACUACGCGCCCAACGGUCAGCUGGGCCCCGACGGGAUCGUGUGGCACUCGUGGAGAGACUCCGACUAUUACUCGCUACGCAAAGUCACCAUGAUGAUCCGGCCGCGGGCCUUUCGAAAACAUCGCUCUCCCUGAGCGACCGUUACCAUGGCGAUGGACCAACUCUUCAUUCCUGGACAUUUUUCACGCGGCCUACGACACCACAGACACGCGCACAAAAGCGGUUCCAUAAAAUGGUUGCGAUCCACGACAAACCCAAACAUCAGCGCUACAUUGGCAUCCACAAAGAGUUGUACACGUGGAGGCCGCUGUACCUUAUGAACGCCAAUUGUGUCCGGGAAGCAUCCAAGCAAACCUUUGUACUCGUUGUUGGUCUCCAUGAGGAAGUGGAGAUCCUUUUUUGGCUGGAACCAAUGUAAGGCACACAGACGCAAACAC